ACACACACACGCUGCCUUUUGCUGUAUGCCCGCGACUAGGAUGCCCAUUUGACUGUGGCUUUUAAGAACUGGGGAUUUAUUUUUAUUUUUUGGGGGUGGGGAGGUGAUGUUUAAUCUACUCUGCACACGUAUAGUCAGGUCUGAUAUCAAGGAAUAAAACCCUUCAGGAAUACCACACUCCUGUGGCACAUCCUACAGGCUUCACUAACCCGAGUAAUCCCCAGGUGGGCUACUUGGAUGGCUGGAGUUUGUGGAGCCAGGCUGGACUGGCGUGUAGGCAUCCGCAUCGUUACAGUUCGGUCGUGUUUAAAGGAAGGCUUGCAAGGGAAUGGCUUUUGCUGCAUGUCUGACAGAGAAUAAGGGAUGCAUCCUGCCAGCCUCUGGAACAGUGAGUCCGUGUGAGUCAAUGGAGAGCCUGUGAGACUGACCAGACUGGCAUACUGAAGGCCUCUGUUCCCAAAACCGCUGUCACCUGGGGAGCAGCAUGGCACCAUAACUGUAUUUCAGUUAGCUGAAUCAUGGAUUUCAAUUCAAGUCUUGGCUUCCUUCAGGGAAACAAAGCCCCAUGAAGAAACUCAUCUGAAGACAAUGGUGCUGUGACAGUCAACACCAUCUUUCUAAUUGGAACUAUGGAAAUUGUAGAGGGCUGCCGGCAUUCUCACCCUCAGCUGGUGUCCAAUGGAUACAUGAAAAAGGUUUUUCAAGCAAAUCCAGAGAGGAGCACUGAAGUAUUAAAGAUUUGUGAUAUUGAGCCAUGCAACUUUAGUGGCAGCAACCAAAAUGAAAAGGAAGAGGCAGCCAGGUAUAAAAAGAAAACCAAGGGCAGCCGGAUAUGGAAUUUUGUUAGUCGAAAAAAAGGUUCCUCCAUGCAUAACAAAAGGCCCCAGUCCAUGAUCUUGUUAGGAGAUACCUCAGAGACCUUAGAGGAAAAACACAAGCUGUCUUUUAUGGAGAGGGUUAGGUCCUUUAAAAAACUGAGAUCUUCCAGUAUGUCUAAGAAUGUGGAUUUGAGAGCAUCCAAAGCAAAGGUUGCCUGCAUUCCUGAAGAGGACCAACUAGACAAUGGGCAAAGAGCAAUCUACAGGACUAAGAAACUGUCUGACAGUCAGAGGCCUUUCCGUCAUUCAUAUGCAGGGUACAUUGAGGAUUUGGAUUCUUCUUUUGAAGACGUAGAGUUAAACAUCAGCAUUCCAGAAAUCAAUGCCAAUGAAAAUAAAUGGCUCAGGGAUAUCAGUGUCAGAAUACACGGUGAAGAUAAUGACAAUAACUGCCAUAAGAUGAGGUCUAGAAGGAGCGAGUCUCUGAAUUUUGAAAACUUUAAGAGUUCUGUGAUUACAGAAGGGGACAAUCAAAAGAGGUGUCUUAUGCUCCCACAGGAAAGCAGAAAAGGAAAAAGCUCUGAUGUCUGGAACUAUCUGAAAGGAAUUUCAUUAACUAGCAGAGAUAAUUCAAAGCUACUAGAUCAAAGGGUUGAAACCAAUUUCCAGAACUUAGAAAAUAUAACUGAUAAUUCUACUUCUCAUUUUGACUUUGAUAUGAGAUGUGAGCAGAAUCUUAGCCAGCCUAAAAAAUCAAACAAUUCAAUGAAAGCGGGUCAUUUCGGUGGCGUCCUAAAGUUCUUUAACAGCAUGGCUGAUGCUGCUAGAAAGUGGCGAGCCUCUUCAAGGCCAUUUUCCCAGGAGGAGAAAGGCUCUCAGUCAAAUUUCAGAAGCCAGAGGCAGGACGCCUCCUCCCACAACGAGUCUUUGGUUUUUGAGAAUGAAAAUGCCAGGGAAUUCUCUUCAACAGGAAUACCUUUAUGGUCUGCAGAUGCUGAGGUCUGGGAUCAUCAUAAUUCUGAAAGUUCAACACAGAAAGAGCUACCCCAGUUGGAUGUAAAUGCAGAAGUAUCCCAAGACGUUAGCUGCUCUGCUCCAGGCAGUCAGAAUAAUAGUUUUACUGAAAUAUCCCUCUCUCACCUUGGGCCAGUUCCACCUACCUCCCCCUUGCCUGAACUUAUGGAUGACUGUUGUACCUCACUCAACAUGCAAGGCCCAUCUAUGCCUCUGGCUAAAUUAGAUGCUAAGGGCCUGGGCAGCCCUCCAGCAGAUGUUCAAGAUCCUUGCCAUAAAAACGUAGACACCCAGGAUUUGGGAAAUAUUGAGGUAUGCUUGAAAGACUUGUCUGAAACUGUCCUGGAUGCCCAGGAAUUAAGCAGUGCUUCAGAGGAUGCCUGGGAGCCAAGUGAUCAUGAUGAUUCUCUAGUGCCAAGUGAUAAUGAAGUUGCCUUGGGGCUGAUCAGUGAUGAGGAUGUCUAUGAGCCAAGUAGUGUUCCAGAUGAUGUGCAGGAUCUUUCCAAGAGUAAUCUGGAUGCUCAAGACCUGGGCAGUGCUAUGUGGGAUCUCUCGACAUCUACUCUUUUAAAAUAUGGAAAAGGCAAUGAGCAAGCGGUAGAACCAGAGGACACCCCUACCAGAGAGCAUGAAACAGUUUCAGCUGGAGAACAAAAUUCCAUUGAGGGACCAGACAGAGUGGACCACUUUGAGUGCAAUGAAACGUGCCAUCAGCUCAAACUGAACCUUUGUACAAUUGUCUCCUUUGGUGAACUCAAUAAUGGAAAGCCUCUGUGUCAUCCUCUUCAUCCCUCACCACAAGCACCUCCUUUUAAAAUCUUGUUGGACAGAUGUCGCUCCUUACCCCUUUCCCAGAGCAUACCUAUGGGGUUGGAUCAACUGGGCUGGAGGCGACGUCUGUUACUGAGCACUGGUGCUGAGAACGACCUGGGUUCAAAGACUCUGGAGGUGCGCAGAGACUGCAGGAAUGGCGGAAGGAGAUGGAAGCCCCUGAAGCCUGGAGCUGAGCAGCUGCUAGUCGAUAAACUCUGCGAGAUCAGAAUUCAAGGCCUGGCUCACCGGGUGUGCCUGCGGUUACAGCACAUUAAUUCUCUACACCCAGGAGUUCAGAUAUUCAAGUAA